AUGGAUGACAUUAUGCAAUCAGUACGGAGAAAAAGAAGUCUUAAACAACUUCAAUUGGUUGUAAUAAAUGUCAUUAUAGUUCUUAUGAUGUAUUGGGUUAGGUAUAUGAAGAGCGUUAAUACAAUUAGGGGUGUUCAAUUGAUCGAAAAUAAAGGGGAUAGAAAAAAUUUACGGUUAAAUGUCAUGUAUCGCUUAAUACAAGAAAGUGAUGUACAUUGCAAAAGUGAACUCCGUGUUAAUAGAAAAACCUUUGGUAUUAUUUGUGAGAUGCUUAAGGAAUUUGGAGGUCUAAAUCGUACAAAAAAUAUGUCUCAUGAAGAAAUAGUUGCAAUGUUUAUGUACACAUUAGCACAUCAUAAGAAAAAUAAAUCAAUUGCUCACUAUUUUAUAAGAAGUGGAGAAACUGUGAGUCGUCAAUUCAACUUAUGUUUGAAGGCUGUACUCAAGCUUCAUUAUUAUUUGCUUUACAAGCCCACACCAAUAUCGGAAGAUUGUGACGAUGAAAGGUGGAAACCUUUCAAGAAUUGCUUGGGAGCUUUAGAUGGCACCUAUAUUAAUGUAAGUGUGAAUCCCCAAGAACGUGGAAAAUAUCGGACAAGAAAAGGUACAAUGACUAUGAAUGUUUUGGGUGUUUGUGCACCCAAUAUGCAAUUUAUCCAUGUUCUUGCGGGUUGGGAAGGCUCUGCACAUGAUGUCCGUAUUCUGCGUAAUGCUCUUUCUCGGCCAAAUGGCUUUAGGAUGGAGCUCGGUUACGGUGGGGAAGCCAAAACAGCCGCUGAUGCUGUCAGGAGAAGCAAACGUAGCAGUUGCUGCCCUUGUAGGGAGGAGUUGGGCCGGCUGCUGGUGGCUGUCGUGGGGAAGAUAAAACGCAGCCGGUUGCUGCUGCUAGGCGGCCUGCUGCGGUGGUUCUCGUGGGCUGCAGAUGGACCGUGA